AUGAGUGGCCAAGGUGUCGCACUUGGGCUGCUUGUGGUGGCACAGCUGCUUGCAGCCUGCGUCGUGCAUGCAGCGUUCCCGCCUAUCUGGCCGAUGCCACAGAACUACACGAACGGCACAGGGACCGUUGUAAUUGAUGGUGCAAAUAUGCGGCUGUCCUCCACAUGUGGCUCUUCUGAGAAUCUGACAAGUGCGUUUGACCGAUUUGUGAAGCGGACCUUCACGCACCGCGCAGCUGAGCUUGACGAGGACGUGCAGGCGGUGUCUGUGGUCGCUGUGUGUGCGUGGAAUGUGUCUGUGCCGUUGCAGCUUGGCGUCUCUGAGGCGUACCGACUGUCAGCCGGCGUGAAUGGCAUCAUGGUGGAGUGCGAGGAGAUCUACGGCUGCUACCACGGCCUGGAGACACUGUCACAGCUGAUUUCGUUCAACUACAGCUCGCAUCGGUACGAGCUGCACCACGCACCGUGGCGCGUGGAGGACUUCCCACGCUUCUCGCACCGUGGAAUGCUGGUGGACACGAGCCGGCACUUUAUACCUGUUCCUGUGCUUAAGCAGAUCAUCGACUCAAUGACGUACGCAAAGUUCAACGUCUUCCAUUGGCACAUCACAGAUGCACACUCGUUCCCUAUGGAGAGCAAGAAGUACCCGCAGCUUGCGGAGCAUGGUGCUUUCUCCCCUGCUGAGCGGUUCAGCAUCGAGGACAUGAAGGAGGUGCGUGACUACGCGAUGGAGCGCGGUGUUCGUGUGAUGAUGGAAUUUGACUCACCGGCUCACACGUCUGCAAUGUGCGCUGGCAUGCCAGAGAUAUGCCCUCUGCCCAUGUGUACCGAUCCGAAUCUGAAUGCAUGGGUUCUAGAUAUCACAAAACAAAAGACGUAUCGGGUUGUGGAGGAUCUGUUCCGGGAGAUCGCCGAGCUGUUUCCUGAGCGAAUGUUGCACGUUGGCGGGGACGAGGUUGAUACACGGUGCUGGGAGGAAAACCCAUACAUCAUGGAGUGGCUGGCGGAGCACAAUAUAACACUGCGAGAGGCCCUACUAAAUUUCACAAAGAACGUGGAGACCCACGUGUCUGGUCGGCUGAACCGCGUUGUUGUUGGCUGGGAAGAGAUGUGGACCACGUUCGGGACAAAGCUUGACAAGAGCACGGUGGUGCAGCAAUGGCUUGCACAGAACGCAUCUGCGAUCCUGAAGGAUGUGACGUCCCAUGGCUACCGUGCACUGGUGAGCAUCCAACACCACUGGUAUCUGAACUGGGACGGCACAAAAUGGGACGCAGCAUACGAGUUUGAGCCUUGCACUUCCUUGACGGAUGAGGAGUGUGCUCUGGUGCUUGGUGGUGAGGCAUGCCAGUGGGGUGAGUUUGUGGAUGCCAGUGUGGCGCUGAACACCAUGUGGCCCCGCGCGGCCGCUGUGGCUGAGCGGCUCUGGUCGCGGCGGGACGUGAACUCCGUGGCUGCUGCGGAGGGUCGGUACGUUGCGUUCCGGUGCCUCCUGAACCAGCGUGGCAUUGCCGCAGGACCGGCCCAUAAUGAGCUUGCGCGUCGGGCACCCGGCGAUCCUGGGUCAUGUUAUGCACAAUAG